AUUUAUUAACAAACCAGGGUAGAUGUGAUUUGAAGAGCACUGACAAACACCGGGCAAGGAGAGAAAAUGUAGGACAAAGGCCUUGGCCAUGGACAGUCAGCCGUCAUGGGGUAAAUCAUUAACAUUUUUAUUAUAUAAUCUAUAGAAACAAUCACCGUCCGGCCAACCUAUGGACGUCGUGACAAGCAUAUUAAACACUCUUGAACCCUCCCAUUAAAGUCUCAGAUUUCCUUCUAUAGGCUAGUAUCCACCAACAUUUAUGUAGAAGGGGACCCUUCACCCAAAAGACGGACAACAGGGAAAAAGGAGGGGCGUAAUUGCGGAUAAGCGUCACAUACUACUGUAAAGGCAUAAAAGGACAGCGUAGUUGUACUAUUUGAGGACGCUUAGAAACUGUACAAAGCAGUUGCGGGUCAACAUGGCAGUCUUACUCGGUAGUUUCUCGAUCCCUUUCCUCGGAGUCAGCGUCUUCAUCACCAUUCUCACCUACAUCACCUACAAGCUGCUCAACGACUACGUGCACAAAUGGAUUCAGAUGAAGCCGAUCCCUCAGCUGGAGGGGACUUAUCCUAUCAUUGGAAAUGCUCAUCAGUUCAAAACUAACGCAGGAGGUAAGAAAACCAGCUGUGUGCAGUGAAAUGGGUUUGUAUCGGCUGGUUUCUGCAGAUCUAACGUGAAAAAAACAAAAAACGGACCCAUUGCAUGUUACAUAACAUCCUUUUGUUGGUGUUUCUCCCAGAUUUCUUUCGUCAAAUUGAGGACUACACGAGAGAAUUUGCCAAUGCACCACUGCUAAAACUAUGGAUCGGACCUGUCCCCUUUCUGAUUCUGUUUCAUGCUGAAACAGUUGAGGUAUGACAUCUAAUGGAUGGCAGCAAGUCUGCCUGUAGCUUCAAUGUGUGUGUCAACAGGCCCCAUUGUAGGGAACAUGUCUGUGAUGUAACCAGAUACCUCAGUUAAUGCACAGGAGUGAAAAAAUGACCUUUUUUUUCAAUACUGAAUAAAUAUGAGGUCCAAAUAGUGACGUGACUUCAUGCCAGUAUGCAAGACAGCUACUGCUGACCUUUACCUUUCCACUUACCAUGCCAACACACUCCAUUUGGGUUGAUAUUCAUUUAAUUCCUCACUCAACUAAUGCUGAGCCUGCAGUCUCUGCAGCAGCUAUGCAACAAUCACUGCUGCUCACUUCAGAAAGCAUUUGAAUAACUUUUUUCAUGGUCUUUUUCUCCUCUGCAGCCAAUUGUGACCAACCCUAUUCACAUGGAAAAAGCUAUUGUGUACAGAUUUCUACACCCCUGGCUUGGAACUGGCCUCCUCACUAGGUUUGUUCCAGGGCGUUUUCUUUCUCACAGUGUUGAAAGCCUGUGCGGACAGUUUGAGAAUCUUGCAAACAUAAAAUUUAAACUAGUUGAUUAUGCAAACUCAUUAAAAAUUGAAUAAAGCAAAAUAAAUUCUAAUAUAUUUUACAUGUAAACUUGAUAAAAGGUGGGAAACAAGUCAAAAAGUUCAAGGUUAUUUUCAGACUAAAACUUACAAAAUCACAAAAACUAAAAUGGCAAAAACAUUGUUGUGAACACAACUGAAAAUAAACACAAGGCUCUAUGAAAAAAACAGUAUUGCAUGUGUAAAAAGAGUGACUACAACAUAUUAAAAUUAUGGAGAGAAUUCUCUUUGUUUUUGUCUUUUACACACAGAAACUUCCUGCUGACUUUUGACAGUGAAACUGAUCAUUCAUGUGAAUAUUUCAUGAGAACAUUGAAAGAACAAUUGUUUCUCCAGCUGCUCAGCUUACACCUUCCCCCUCCCUUAGGUUUUAGGCAUUAAAAAUGAGUAACAUUUUUAAUCUUGUUGCUUAUGGUCUUGUUUGCCUUUGUUUAUCUUGAAAAGGCUUCUCUAUGAAUUUCAGUCUGUUUCAUGAAUGUAAAAAAAAAUCCUCACUGGAGCUUUACUCCAGACCUCUGUCCCUGUGAUGAACAAACACUGAAAACAGUCCCAAAUACCUGGCAGAAGUACCUGUGGCUACAACACAGUUAACUUAAGUAGCUUUGAUUUCAUAGCACGACACAACUUUGACCAAUCGCCUACUACCAAGGGUACUACAACCUUAGCUUAUGCUAUAAUUUGUAUUCCCAUAUUAUAUAAACUGUACUUGGAUCUUGCAUUUUCUCACCUUUGAAUCUUCUUUAACUCCAUCUCAUUCGAUCAGCACUGGCACUAAGUGGCGUCAGAGGAGAAAGAUGCUGACUCCCACCUUCCAUUUUUCCAUCCUGGCCGACUUCUUGGAGGUGAUGAACGAGCAAGCAGAGGUCCUGGUGGAGAAGCUGAACGUGCAGGCGGGGAAGGGUCGGUUCAACUGCUUCAAUCACAUCACUCUGUGUGCAUUGGACAUCAUCUGUGGUGAGUACUUAGCAUGUUCACAAGCAAAUAAUCAUACAUGUGCAAAUAGUAGUUUUCAGUUAAUGCAAAUUCAAUUGUUUUGAAAGAUUUAAAUAAAUGUUUAAUAUUCAAAUAUUCUUCAAUCGUUGCCUUUGCAGAAACUGCAAUGGGAAAGAAAGUGUACGCCCAGAGUAACUCGGAUUCUGAGUAUGUGAAGUGUGUCUACAAGUGAGUUCUUUUUAAGUUCUUUACGGUAAAGACAGACAAAAAUAAUGUGAUAAUGAAGUCAUGUUUUAUUUUUUGGUUUGGUUCUGUAUCUAACUUUUUGUCAUCAGGAUGAGUGACAUUAUCAGCCGCAGACAGAGGAAGCCUUGGUUCUGGUCUGACUUUGUGUACUACUGUUUUGGCGAGGGUCGGGAACACAACAGGGUGCUGAGGGUCCUGCACUCCUUCACAUACAAAGUGAGUGACUGAGCGUGUGGGUUUUUGUUAAUGACAACAAUGACUGAAAGGGCCUAAUCCUCUUUUUUUCUUUGUCUCAGGUGAUAAAUGAAAGAGCACAGUACAUUGCCAACAGUGACUCAGACAGCGAGGGCGAAAACGGCCAAAAGAAAAGACAAGCGUUCCUGGACAUGCUCUUGAAAACAGCAGACGAUAAUGGCAGCAAAAUGAGCCAUGAGGACAUUCAGGAGGAAGUGGACACCUUUAUGUUUGAGGUGGGUAGUGAGCACUUAUAGGUACAGAUGACCAAAUCUGAGCGUCAGUGGUCUAACUGACAAAGUUAGGUACUGACAGCAUAAAGCAUAAACACAGAAACUGUGGCCAAGUUUGCUUGUACUUUUCUACGGCGGUUUCUCAUUACAUGGAGAAAUCUAACUGUCCUCCAGUGUGGCUAGUGCACUUACUAGUGACAUUUAACUUUUACAACCCACUUCAGACAAACUUAGGUAUCCUAUGACAAGCCUACUCGCAUAUGUAGUUUGUCUAAUCUCCUCUUUCACACAAAUUUAAGUUAAUCCUGCUGUACUGUUUCGGCAAUAAAAAACAAACAUUUGCUUUAAAACGUGUUUCUGAAACACAUUUCAAAAACAUACAAACAAAGCUUGCCUUCAGGGGAUAGUAGAGACCAAAUUAGAGUUUUGAAGGGGGGUUAACAGAGGGGUAAACUCGUAAUAUUGACAUACUUGUGCUUUUCUUUGCGUACAACCAUUUUGCAUCAAAUUUAACAUUUAAAGUUACUGUGAGGAGUUUUUUGACAAAAAUAAUGGACCAAAUUUAUUAUUGAGACCUUCUUAUGGUAUUCAAAAGCAAUGAAGACCAACUAUGAGAAGUUGGACAACUUUGCAUUGGGAUUAUUACUGCCUGAAAAUUAUGUGAUGAGGUAUGCGUCAGUGGAGCAGCUGAAGGAAAAGCCCUGAUCGAACACUUUCUAUGCUAAAUUUUCUGGUUGUCAGAAGUCAGCAGGAUGAGAUAUUUUGUUAGAAAACAACACUGAGGCAUGUAGAGGACAAAAUAAGCAAAGACUGCUUUGUCCACAGGGGGGUGCUUUGAUUGACCAAAACUGACGGUUCCUCACAGGUGCUUUAAAUAACAUAUUUAGUCAAAUCUGAAGGUUUCUGCUGCUCCCAGGAAGCUCUGACGAACCAAAAUAUCAAUUAGAGCAGAUUUACUGUCAUAAAAACUAUGUUGUUUAUUCUUUUUGCAGGGACAUGAUACCACAGCAGCUGCUAUGAACUGGGCCCUGCAUCUGCUGGGCUCCCAUCCCGAGGUGCAACGCAAAGUUCAACAAGAGCUGGACGAGGUGUUCGGUAACAUGCCCUCUCCCCACUCACCGCACACCUUCUCACUCCCAUGACAUCAUUUAUUUUCCUGCCUGAAGGCCCUUUGACUCUCCUCUGCUCAGACACAUUUGUUCAUUUCUAUUCAAGGGGUGCUUAUGCAGGGAUGAGAGCUGAAAUACAUACACAUACACUUGCCAAAAUACAUAGAGACUAAUUGAAUUUCUUGUCACUGCUAUGUGGGUUUAACAUCACGCAUCAUGUUUUUUCCAUGACGUAAGCUAGCUGGUCUUGCAGCAAUAACAGAAGCUACGUUUGCGCCAGAGGAGGACUUGAACUUGUCCUCAGGCAUGAAACAUCCAUUUAUUUACUUUAUAAUUGUUUAUCAAUACUAAGUAAUUUGUCCAUCCUCGAAUGCCUGUACUGUAAAAAUUGCUGCAGGGAGGACUCUGAACUUUUGUCUUAUCCAUCAUCAAGACAUAUCUAUAGGGCAUGUAAUUUAGACAAAACAACACUAUUAGACUCUUAUCUUCUGUAGAAAGUGGAGAACAGGUCACCGAUAUUAAAGCAGGACAGAGUGCAUAAGAGGAAGCCUUUCCCUUUUUAUAUGCUUUCAAUGCUGAAGUAUUGAGCAGUACUUCCUGUUCACUUUGUAAAGGUACAUCUGAUCGGCCUGCCACCAUGGAGGAUCUGAAGAAGCUGAGAUACCUGGACUUUGUGAUCAAGGAGUCCCUGCGACUGUUCCCCUCUGUGCCUUUCUUUGCCCGCUGGAUCCGUGAAGACUGCCAUAUCAGUGAGUUACAGAUGAGUGUUGACCCCUGAAUGAAACAGACAUUUGUUGAGCACAAACCUUCACAAAGUGGUGGUCUUUUCUCAAAGAGGCCAAGUCAAGCAAAUCCUCUUCUGUAAUUUUCAUUUUUUUUAUUAAAAAAAAGUAGUUUUCCCGUCAAAUAAGAUUGAUACCUUCAUGCUUUUACAGCCAUCUUGCACCAAAUGUCUUAUUAAACAAUGGAUAGCAACAUGCGGCAAAUUACCACUGUGGGUGGUAGUGGAGGGAAUGGUGUUGUAAAGAAGAGAGUAUUCAGUACAGUUGUAGGCCUCAUAAAUGUGAAAUUAUUUCCAGGAACUGCUUUGGUCAGAUUGUUGAAGCAGGGGGGGGAUUUUACAGCCACUGAACAAGUGAAACUAACUGGGACAUAUGUCAAACUUUACAACCAAAACAAGCAAUCACCCUUUAUUUACAUCGCGCCCUUUUACAGUGAAUGUUAUCUGGAGACGCUGACAUAAAAAGCAGGCGUGGACCGUACUCUGUUUUAUCAUCCACCUAAUGAGACUCAACAACAAGAGGAGAUAAGACGGUGUCUCACCUAGUAAGAUAAGACUUUUUCUUAUCUCAUUCUGCCUCACCAUGAGCAAAAGAGUUUUCAGCAUUCAGCAAGUUCGAGCGGUAAAGAAAAAACAUCCUCUUCUAAGACAGAAACCUAGAGCAGAACCAUUGGCAACUUUCAAUAACUGAGAGCGCCUGUUUUAAACCACCAAGCGAACCUGCUCGAAUGGAUCGAGCUGUCUUUUUGGUUGGUUAGAUGGAAGGGGUUAGUGGCUUCACCAGCUAAUCUCUUCUGCCCAAACUCUAGAUCCAAUGGCAUAACCAGGGCAAGAUGUUAGUGUCCACUGUGGGUGACCGUUACUUUUGUACAGAAGGAAGAGUUAGAGAUAAUCAAUGUAAAAAAGAACAGGGUCAUAUUUCCCACUCUGACCAGGGUCUUUUUGUUUCUAUAGAUGGUUUUAAGGUGCCCAAAGGUGCCAAUGCCAUCAUCGUCCCCUACGCCCUCCAUCGCGACCCGAGGUACUUCCCUGAGCCUGAGGAGUUCAGACCUGAACGCUUCAUGCCUGAGAACUCAGUGGGAAGGCCUGCGUAUGCUUACAUCCCCUUCUCAGCUGGACUCCGCAACUGCAUCGGUAAGAGAAGUCCAGGUUUCAUUUGUAAUUUACUGAAUCAUCCGGAUGCAUUAUUUUACUUUUAAGGGCUGCUACAUCCGAACACAAAAUCCACUGUUACACUCACAUCCGCCUCUUAAAUGCUCCUCAGGCCAGCGCUUUGCACUGAUGGAAGAGAAGGUAGUCUUGGCAUCUGUUCUGCGUAACUUCAACGUGGAAGCCUGUCAGACACGUGAGGAGCUGCGUCCAGUGGGAGAGCUCAUCCUGCGACCAGAGAAGGGCAUCUGGAUCAAACUGGAGAAGAGGACACCCCAGGCUUCAUGAAAUCACAGUAUUAGCCAAAUUCCUCUCCCUUUGUGUUCUCUGUUUAUGGUUUGUCCCUCCCAACUGAAAAACUGACAGGCACUGUAAUGUUUUCUAACUAACCCUAGGGGAGUUAUGUCCUCUGUGUUUGGAUUGUAGAAAUUUCUCAUCCUCUUUGACAUCCUAAUUACAAAAAGUAAACCCUGUAGAAAUAAACCAGGCUCUAUAUUUGUAGCUGUUGUUAGUAUUAGGCAAAAAGCUACACAGGGGAAUAAACUGGCUCUGUCCAUCAUCAA